CAGCGGACGAGGAGACAUGGCGUCGCUGACGCAGCUGCUUGCGCAUGACGACAGCGACCUGCUCGCGUCGUCGUCGUCGUCUUCGUCGGCGUCGUCCGACUCGGACGCUUCUGCCGGCUCGGUCGGCGGCGAUGACGAUCUAGAGGUGACUUCAGAUGAGCUUGCGCAGGCUGCUGAUGACUCGCUCUCACUCUCGCUCUCACUCUCGCCGGAUACGGGUGAAGAACGGGCCAGUGGUAAGAAAAACGAUGGAAUUAGCGGGUUGGCGAGUGUGGCGGCUGAGCUGGAUGCGAUGGACUCGGACGAUGGCGACGAUGACGGGUUGGGUGACGCACUGGAUGCGCUCUCGCUCAACGAUACAGGACUCAGUGGUCUCCUUAUGUCCGAGUCUGGUGGUGGGGACACGUCGACAGUGCACCGGAUGGCUUUUGCCGUGCUGGAUGACGAUGAUUCCGAUGAUUGGGUUGCUGGGAGUGAUCAUGCUGCUGUCGCGCACCUGCUGGCGGAUAGUGACGAGGACGAGGACGACGGUCUGGCCUCUGUGGAUGCAUUGCUAGCUAAAGCUGAGGCUGCUGCUAAGGCUGAGGCCGAGGCCGAGGCUGCUGCCAAGGCGAAGGCUGAGGCUGCGGCCGAGGCGAAGGUGAAGGCCGAGGCCGAGGCUGCUGCCAAGGCGAAAGAUGAGGCCGAGGCUGCUGCUAAAGCGAAGGCCGAGGCCGAGGCUGCUGCCAAGGCGAAAGCUGAGGCAGAGGCUGCUGCCAAGGCGAAGGCAGAGGCAGAGGCUGUUGUCAAGGCAAAGGCUGAGGCAGAGGCUGCUGUCAAGGCAAAGGCCGAGGCAGAGGCUGCUGCCAAGGCAAAGGCCGAGGCCGAGGCUGCUGCCAAGGCUGAGGCCGAGGCUGCUGCUAAGGCUGAGGCUGAGGCCGAGGCUGCUGCUAAGGCGAAGGCUGAGGCCGAGGCUGCUGCUAAGGCUGAGGCCGAGGCCGAGGCUGCUGCCAAGGCGAAGGCUGAGGCCGAGACUGCUGCUAAGGCUGAGGCCGAGGCCGAGGCUGCUGCCAAGGCGAAGGCUGAGGCCGAGGCUGCUGCUAAGGCUGAGGCUGAGGCCGAGGCUGCUGCUAAGGCGAAGGCCGAGGCCCAGGUUGCUGCUAAGGCGAAAGCUGAGGCCGAGGCUGCUGCUAAGGCGAAAGCUGAGGCCGAGGCUGCUGCUAAGGCAAAGGCUGAGGCCGAGGCUGCUGCUAAGGCUGAGGCUGAGGCCGAGGCUGCUGCUAAGGCGAAAGCUGAGGCCGAGGCUGCUGCUAAAGCGAAGGCUGAUGCCGAGGCUGCUGCUAACGUCAAGGCCGAGGCCGAGGCUGCUGUCAAGGCUGAGGCCGAGGCUGCUGCCAAGGCGAAGGCCGAGGCCGAGGCUGCUGUUAAGGCUGAGGCUGAGGCCGAGGCUGCUGUCAAGGCGAAGGCUGAUGCCGAGGCUGCUGCUAUGGCUGAGGCCGAGGCCGAGGCUGCUGUCAAGGCGAAGGCUGAUGCCGAGGCUGCUGUUAAGGCUGAGGCUGAGGCCGAGGCUGCUGUCAAGGCGAAGGCUGAUGCCGAGGCUGCUGCUAUGGCUGAGGCCGAGGCCGAGGCUGCUGUCAAGGCGAAGGCUGAUGCCGAGGCUGCUGCUAAGGCUGAGGCCGAGGCCGAGGCUGCUGCCGAGGCAAAGGCAGAGGCCGAGGCUGCUGCCGAGGCAAAGGCUGAGGCCGAGGCUGCUGCUAAGGCAAAGGCCGAGGCAGAGACUGCUGCUAAGGCGAAGGCUGCGGCCGAGGCUGCUGCUAAGGCUGAGGCCGAGGCCGAGGCUGCUGCUAAGGCUGAGGCCGAGGCCGAGGCUGCUGCUAAGGCGAAGGCCGAGGCCGAGGCUGCUGCUAUGGCUGAGGCCGAGGCCGAGGCUGCUGCUAUGGUUGAGGCCGAGGCAGAGGCUGCUGCCAAGGCAAAGGCAGAGGCAGAGGCUGCUACUAAGGCAAAGGCUGACGCCGAGGCCGAGGCCGCUGCACAGGCCAAGGCUGAAGCUGAAACUUCUGCAAAAGCUGAAGCCGCCGCUGCCGCCCGUAGGGCCGAGGCGAGACUCCGCGCCCAUGUCGUCGCCCCUCCCGCCUCCACAUCCUCAUCCGCCCGUGCCGCAUACGCGUCCUCGCCUGCACGCUCUCCCCCUCCUGCUGCCGCUGCUGCUGCCGCCCUCGCACCUCCAGACUUUGCCUCGGACCUUGCCGAUCUCACCGUUCAUCUCGAGUCGGCUCUCGACGACACUCGCCUGGACGACACUCGCCUCAACGAAACCCGUCUCGACGACACCCGUCUCGACGACACCCGUGUUGUUCUGGACGACACCCGUGAGUUUGACGUUCCCGAGUACAUUGACCUCGAUCUCGAUUUUGACUUUGCCGACGAGCUCGAUGAGUCCGCAGCUCCCGCAGCUUCCACAGCUCCCACAGCUCCAUCCGCUCAUGCCACGCCCUCAGAGCCUUCUCAGGUUCAGCCACUGUCGCCGCCAGCUCCAGCCCCACGCACCCCCUCACCCGAGCCGGCGUCAUCCUCAGCCUCGACUGCCGCGUCGACGUCAUCGUCGAGCUCGGCCUCGUACUCGCCAGACCCAGUCCGUGAAGCCAGCCCAGCCUGGAAUGAGCUCGUCGAUCCGGCGUGGGGUGAGGCCUCUCUGUCGUCGUCCACCGCGCCGCGGCUGUACGAUACCGACGCAGAUGACAGUGAUGCAUCGACUGGCCCAGGGCCAUACACCCAGCGGCUCCUUGCCCACCGCCGUGCCUCCCGGGCGAGCAAAGCCGCCGCCACCCGGUCGAACCACGCCCGAACCGUCCGUCGUCUCCAGAAGCGGCUGCUCCUCGAGCGCCUCGCCACCCGUCGCAACAACCUGGCUACCUCGACAACAACUGUCUCGCAACUUGCCGCCCGCGAUGCCAACCUCCACUCGACUGUCUCCAAGCAACAGGCGCUCAUCGCCAAGCACACACUCGCCCGCCUCCGGAAAUCCGGCGGCCGCUCAUCGCGUUCAAAGAAGGCAAGGUCCAGCCGCGACGCCGAGCCGCGCAACGCCUCCUUCUACGCCUCACUCCUCGCCAAAAGCGUGAAGAACCCAAGUGUCAAGCGCGGCGUCUCGCUUGCAGCGCUCCGCGUCUGGGAGUGGAACGAGCUCGAGGCCGAGCGCGACGCGCUUGCUGCCGUCCGCGUUGAGCAGCGCAAGCUUUCGCGUCGCCGCAGGCUCGAGCUCUCGCUCCUUGACUCGCUCGCCGCCCGCCAGCCGGCCUCGGUUGCCGCAGAGUACCCGGACCCAGCUAUCCUCGUCAAUCUCGGCCUUGCUCUCGACUCGCUCACCCCCGAACUGGAAGACAUGCUCUCGGGCUCAUCGCCCGAGUCUGUUGCCGCCAUCCGUGCCAUGAACCUCCGCAUCUACCUUGAGUGGCAGGCCAAGCUUCGCGAGCGCGGCUCGUCGGCUCAGAACCCCAUCCUGCGCUCCAAGCGCGCCGCCGCCAAAGCCGCCGCCUCGCGCCGCGCGCGCCUCGCCAAAGCUCGUGCCAACGCCAACUCGCGCUCGCUCGACUUUGCCCGCCAUCGCUCGCAGGCCGUCGCCGCCGCCAAAGCCGCUGCCGCUGCUGCAGAGGAUGAACGCCGCGCAGCCCGCGCCCGCCUCGCCGCUGCUGCUGCUGCUGCUGCCUCGGCCGCCGCUGCUGCCGAUGAUGCCGGCGCCGAGUUUGCAGACGAGUCGCUCGACCUCGACGAGUCGCUCUGCGAGAAUGUCCCCGGCGAGCUCGACCCGCCUGUCUGGGAGCAGAUCGCCGCCCGCGCCGUCGUCAUCCAGUCGGUCUGGCGCGGCUACGCCGUGCGGAAGGUGACGCGCCCGCUGCUCAAGCGGAUCCGCAGGCGAACCAAGGUCGCCCGUGAGGUCCUCACCUCGGAGCGCUCCUAUGUCAAGGCCAUCAAGUCGAUGGUCGAGCUCUUCACCCGUCCGGCCGUCGCCUCGGUCCUCCGCGACAAGGACGUGCCGGCCACGUUCACCUCGAUCGAGGACGUGCUUCGCGUCUCGUCGCGGUUGAUGGCCGAGGUAGAGCGGGUGCUCGCUGGUGGCCCUGUCGCCAUUGGCGAGCUCGGCGACGUCUUUGUCCGUCUCGCUCCGGCGCUCGAGGCUGCCUACAAGCCGUACGUUUACGCCAACGACGAGUCGGUUGCGCUCCUUUCCAAACUCAAGAAGAAGAAUCCGCUCAAGCAGUUUCUCGCCUCGCGCUCGGCCCAGUACGCCUCGGCCCUCCACGGCCUUGACCUCUUCGACCUCCACAUCAUGCCUGUCCAGCGCAUCCCGCGCUAUGAGCUCCUACUCAAGGAUCUUGUACUCCUCACCCCGCGCGACUCGGCCGCCUACACUCCACUCCGCGCCGGCCUCGCCGCCAUCAAGGCCGUUGCCGACUCGCUCAACGAGUCCAAACGCCUCAAGGACAACCGCCUCGUCACACGCAAAGUACUUGAGGCCAUCGAGCCCGGCCCGCACUUUGACGCCGAAGAACUCCUCGCCCGUGGCCGCUUCUUUGUCACCGACGGCGGCCUCUGGGUCCGCGCCGGGAAGAAGCGCAAGUCGGCCACACUCUUUCUCUUCAACGACCUGCUGCUCUGGGCCAUGCCCAAGGGCCUCUUCAAGGCCGGCUUUGAGGUCCAGGGCGCGUACAAGCUCGCCGGUGCCCGCGUCGCCCCGACCGGCGCCCGCUCCGACGACGAUCGCGGCUUUGUCUUUGCUCCGCCCUCGGGCGCCCGGAGCCUCAACUUUUACACCGCCUCGUCCGGCGAGCGCGACCAGUGGCUCGCCCUUCUCUCGGCCGCCAUCGCCCUGGCCGACCUUGCCUCCACCGCGGGGGUUGGCACUGCGCCCGACGCGCUCAUCGACCACGAGCGUGCUCGCAUCGCCGCCCUCGAGCAGCUGCGUCGCGCCGCUCCACCGGGCUCGCCUGCCCUCCUCGAGGUUGACCAUCUCCUCCACGUUGCUGCCGAGCACAUCAAGCGCAUUCUCCGAGAAGAGUCUGAGGCACAGGCUGCCCGUGACGCCGCCACCUCGGCCAUCCGCUCCGCAAAGCUGACCUCGCACGGCCUCGGCGAGAUGGAUCUUGCCGCCGUCCCCUCCUUCUCUCUGGCCCGCGUCCAGUCCGAAUGGGUCAAGGCUGCAUCUUGCCUCGACGCUGUCUGGUCGACUUGGGCCGCUGACGCCGACGCCGCUGCCGCUGCCGCUGCUUCCGGGUCGCCAGACCCGAUGCUUGACACAAAGGUUGCUGUUGAGGCCGAGCUCCUCGGCGAAGUCGGGGCCUGGCUCGAGGCUCUGGGUGUCCGCCUCGCCGAGUUUGUCGACGACGACACCGGCACCGCCGCCUACGACGAGAUCUAGUUUGCAGCAGCAACGAAUUGAAGCCGUUACUUCUCCAA